AUGGAUAAUCAAAUGCAAAAAUUAUUAGAAAAAAUUCAAGAGCAAAUGAAACAGCAGACUAUCACUAUAACAGAAGCUGUAACCAAAAAUGUUGUGCAACAAAUUAAUGAGCGAUUUAAAAAGAUAGAUGACGAAAACAAACAACUUAAAAAUUCAGUCAAAGAACUUAAGGAGAAAAUUAAAGGUCUGGAAAUGGCUAAAAAGAAAACUAACAUACUACUCUUUGGAAUAAAGGAAGACAAACAAGAAGAGUUAAGUUUGGUAAAAUACAUAUCGGAAAAACUUAAUUGUCAUCUUGGAUUAAACAUACAAGAGCACGAAAUUAUGAAUACCUAUAGAAUUGGAAAGAUAAAAAAUACGCCUCGACCUAUUUUAAUAUCCCUUGUAUCGUACUGGAGAAAAAUGGAAAUAAUGAGAUCGAAACAUAAGCUACCCCAGGGUAUUUAUGUGAAGGAAGAUUAUACUAAAGAAAUAUUAGAAGCACGCAAAACAUUACAACCAAAACUUGAAGAGGAACGAAGGAAGGGUAACAUAGCAUACUUAAAAUUAGAUAAACUAAUAAUCAAGAGCCAAACGGAUGCUAAUCGAGAAAAAAGGAAAAGAGACCCACCUUCUCCGCCCAAUAUCAGCACACCACAAAAAGAAAAUGAAUUGUACGUAGCUCCGAAAAAAGUAAACACAACUAAUGCGUACGAAUACAUGGCACGCGUAAAAUCAAACUCAUUAAGAGAGAAAACAAAUGUAUAG